AUGGCGUCGCCCAUUAUUGCCUCGUCAACCGACAGCUCGCUCGACGAUCUAUGCCGAGCGGCCUUCGACGGCGAGCCGUGGCAGUGCACGCCCGAGCUCGUGCGGAAUUUCUACCGGUCCUUCCACCGCUUCCUGCUGGGGCCGAGCUUCGCGUCCGCGCUGCGCCGCGUCUCGCAGCGCGCCUUCUACAGCUCGCCGCCGCUGCUGUUUGACGUCUACCGCGCCAUCGCGGAUACCAUGCAGGACGCGCGUGAGAGUGUGGGCGCGCCCAACGAGGCCAGUAUCGCGCGAGGGACCUCGUCGCUGGAGCGGUUGCGGACCGUCGACAUUGCGGGCGAGGACGAUGCGCUGGCGAUCCUGGCACUGGGGCAGACGCUGGCCGCUCAUGACCUGCUUACGAACUGUAAUGGGUGUGUGUUGAUUAUGCGCUACUCGCUGUCUUGCGCGGAGCCGUGGUAUGGACGCUUGGCGCGGGAUGCUUCGCUGGAUCCUAUUACGACCUCUACCGUCUUCUGGGAUAUUGUGUGCUGUCUGGUUCGCGGCCAGAUGCCUGUUGUCAAGCCCCAGGUUAGAGAAGAGGGCGCUGUCGACCGACUGGCUGGCCUGUGCACUACGAUGCUGCCUAUUCUAUAUGACCUUGCAGUAGCGCUCAACAAAGCUAGCGCUGCGCGUACGGGCGGUGCUGAAGCAGAAACAACGUCUUUCCGCAACAUCGAGGCCAUGCUGCGAGCGUGGACACCUACACCACCAGAAAACUUCGACAAACGUUACACCGAGGUGGAAAGGCUGAGGAUGCGCGCACAAGCGUCCAUGUACCGCAGUGCUGCCCUGCUGGUCGCGCAUCGGGCAAUGCAUGAAUUCGGGACGGCGGAUGACAUUGCACGGGCCCACGCGAACCACAUUCUGCACGAACUUUCGACGCACGAGGAGCUGUUGGGGCCGGAUCUGUGCCUACGCCACAUCGGAUUCCCACUGUUCACGGUCGCUGUCGAAGUCCCAGAGCUAUCCAGCAGUCUUCUGCACAAGAUCGACCUGCUGGACGUGGCCCCGACGGCCCGCCAGCAAAUGGGCGCGCUUGUGGACUAUGUGUGGGCCCAGAGAAAUAGCGGCUUCCGAGGGUACCUGCAUCAGCUUGUGCAGAGAGGUCCCACGUUUGUUGCUGUUCCCUGA